AUGGGAAACGGAGCAAAGGCACAGCAGAAGCGCGAGCGAAACGCCAAGGCGGCGGGCGGCGUGGCAAAGUCGCAGACCAAGGUCAACGAGGCCGCCAAAAACGUCAUGUGCAUGACGUGCAGGCAGACGUUCCUCCUCACUGUCCGCGAACCUGCGCUCAAACAACAUGCAGAGGACAAGCACAACAAGACACUGGCCGAAUGCUUCCCCAACCACGGCAAGUAG